AUGUCUACCAACCAAUCGAAGAAAUACCCGACGUCCAGAAUGCCGGCUUUCCAGCAACAGACAAUCGUGGAUUUUGUAACGGUAGAAGAUGUUUCAGCCAUACAACAGCAAUUAUUAGAAGUGCAUAAUGGACGGGGAUUUUAUGAAGAAAUUCACGUGAAGAUUCUAGAGACGUAUCUCACUGAGCAAAUGCAAAAUUCCUUUGUCGACAUUGAUGCCGAUUUGGCACUACUGAAGCUGUAUCAACUAUAUCCGUCCACGUCCAAUGUCGAGAAUGUAGCCAAUAUUCUAAUGAAAGGUGUCAUGACGCUUCCCUCGACAUUCUUUACGGGUGCUUCAACGAUGAUCCCAGAGAGUACAAGCGAGGAUGUCAAUGUGAAGGCAGCACUGCAGACAGGCUUUUUACUCCAGUCGUGUCUAUUUGAGGAUUUCUGGAAAAUGGAUCUGACGGUUGCGAACAAGGUGCAGGGAUUUGUAGAGUCGGUCCGUGCUUACAUUUUGACAGCCAUCUCCCGUAGUCACAGUGUCAUUUCGAUCGACGUCUUGAAGGCCAAGCUCAAUGUGUCGGACGAGGAAGUAGCUGAAAUUGUCGCUGCGGAGAAGUGGACUCUUUCGGGCAACCUGAUCCAGAUUACUCCAAACGAAGAUAAUCAGAUGCAGGCCAAGAAGGUCCAGGAGAACAUUGAGUUUGAGGACGUGCUCAAGGUCAUUCACACCCUUUCUAGAUAG